GAGUUGCAACAGUACUGAAGAUGUCUAAUAUACUGCAAUGGUUAGUGCAACAAGGCCAAGGGGACUUACUUCAUGCCUUCUUGCUUCUUUGCUUUCCGAUCCUCCUUCUCUUUGUGUUCUUUUUCAAGAAUAAUAAUAGAGUAGGAAACCAGAGACACCAUCUACCGCCUUCUCCAUGGAAGUUCCCUAUAAUAGGGAACCUCCACCAGUUAGGCCCUUUGCCACACCGCAAUCUCCAAUCCUUGGCUAAACGUUAUGGCCCUCUCAUGCUGUUGCACUUGGGAAGCAAACCAACUCUAGUGGUUUCAUCAGCUGAUGCGGCUCGUGAAAUCAUGAAAACCCAUGACCUAAUCUUCUCAAGCAGACCCGAUACCAAUUUUGGUAGGCGACUCUCAUUUGAUUGCAAGGACAUUGCCGUCACACCUUACGGCGAGUAUUGGAGACAAGUACGAAGAAUUUGUGUCCUCCACCUUCUAAGUACGAAGAGGGUUCAAUCUCUCAGGCCGGUUAGGGAAGAAGAGACGAGAGCAAUGACCGAAAAAAUCCAAAGCUCUUGCUCAUCUUCACCUUCAUUCUCAGCUCUGGUGAACUUGAGCGAGGUGCUCAUGUCUCUAACAAAUGAUAUUACCAGUAGGGUGGCUCUAGGGAAGAAGUAUGGUGGGGAUGAGGGUGGUGGUCAGAGGUUUAAAGAGAUGAUGAGGGAAUUAGGGUAUCUGUUAGGAGUUUUUAAUGUAGGGGACUUCAUACCGUGGCUUGGGUGGGUAAAUUUUGUAAAUGGAUUGGAGAAGAGGGUGGAGAAAAAUUUUAUAGAGAGAGAUUCUUUUAUGAAUCAAGUAAUUGAAGACCACACAAAUGAAAAGAGGAAAAAGGAGUAUGGUGACGACGCAGAUGAUAGUGGUGGCAAAGACUUCGUGGGCUCCCUCCUUAAGAUUCAACAGGAUAACAACGCUGAAAUUGCCCUUGGGAGAGACAACAUCAAAGCCAUUGUAAUGGAUAUGUUUACUGGUGGAACUGAUACCUCAAAUGUACUCAUACAAUGGACAAUGGCAGAGCUUUUAAAGCAUCCAGAAGUUAUGAAAGAAAUUCAAAAGGAACUGAGGGGGGUCGCAAGGGGUGAAGCAAUUAUUACAGAAGAUGAUAUUGAACAAAUGCACUAUUUGAAAGCAGUGAUUAAGGAAUCAGUACGAUUGCAUCCUCCAAACCCUUUGUUGAUUCCACGUGAAUCGAUGGAAAACGUCAAAAUACAAGGGUUUGAUAUUCCGGCCAAGACCACAGUAAUAAUCAAUGCAUGGGCUAUUGGAAGGGACUCUGUGUCUUGGGAUGAACCAGAGAAGUUUAAUCCAAAGAGGUUCUUGAAUGAUGCUACUAGCUCUAUUGAUUUCAGGGGCCAUGAUUUCCAACUAAUUCCGUUUGGAGCAGGUCGGCGGGGAUGCCCGGGAACCCAAUUUGCGAUCACCAUUGUUGAACUUGCAUUAGCCAAUCUUCUACACAAGUUUGAUUGGAUAUUGCCUAAUGGAGCGAGUGGCGAGGAUUUAGAUACCACAGAAGCUCCUGGGAUUACAUGCCAUUUGAAUUCUCCUCUUCUAGCUGUUGCAACUCCUCACUUCUAAAAUGUUGGAAGGAAU